AUGUGGUCUGCGGUGGGUGCGUGUCCGCGCAGCCGGCACCGCGUGCGGCGCAGGGCCAUUGCGACUGUGCGUGUGGCGCUGCUUGUUCUGUUGGCGCUGGUUGCGGCGGCGGCGUGGAUGCCCGCGGUGCAUGCGGUGCCGUUGCGACUGCGGGGCGGCACGGUGGACAGAGCCAUCACGGUGGGCCGCGCCGUGGACACGGUGCUGAUGGACGGCGUGUACGUCACGAACGGCGUGGCUGUUGUGUUCGACGUGCCGGCGAUGCUUCCCGGCGCGCUGCGCAUCGAACUGAGGAACUGCGUGUGCGACGGCGGUGCGCAGAUCUACGUGCGGGGCUACAGCGGUGAGCCGGCGAGUGACCGGAGCCUGGAGGUGAGCGUGAGCGGGCUGUCGGGGAGCUACUGCUCGCUCGUGUUUGUGCACAACCUGCCGGCACACACGAACGUGACGGUCCGUGACUCGACGAUUGUGACGGCGGGACCGAUGCGCUACUCGCAGCUGAGCGGGCUGACGGACGCGGUGGCGUCGCCGCUUGUGCUGCACGCGAUGUCGCUGUUGCAGUCGCAGCUGCGUGUGAGCAGCACUGUGCUGAGGUCGUCGCAGGCGGGCGGGACGGCGGUGUACGUUGGCGGCGGUGUGGACCUGCUGUCGAGCGCGGUGGUGCUUGACGGCGUGUCGCUGGAGGCGUCGGGCGGUCCGACCGCGUCCGCGAUGCAUGUGUCGUCCUCUUCGCGUCUCAGUCUGCGUAACCACUCGGUGUUCUCCGUGACGAACGUGUCGGUUGUGAGCAGCGGCGGCGGCAUUGUGCUUGGAGAGCGCCUCGCGGUGUUUGAUUCGGUGCUGCGCUUCGUGGGCGUCAAAGGGUCUCCUGCGUCGCCGCUGGUGCGCUGCGGCGGUGGGACGGUCGGUGCCGGCGGGUGGCUGGUGCACCGCGACAACGAGUUCCGCACCGCCUACGUUGUGUACGUGGAAAAAUACGACGGCGUGGCUUUCCGCGAUCGGAGUGUGUGGUCGAUACUUUACAACAACUUCACGUGCGGCUCCUUUUCGUCGAUCACUGCAUACAUGACAAGUUUUUGGUUUGCACAAGACGACGAACGCCCGAUCAUCUACGGCAGUGAAAAAAAAAAAGGAUUUUUUUCGUGCUCUUCAUUUUAUUGA